AUGGUGAAGAUUUUAUUAAUUGCUCUAAUCCUCUCCUUUGCUUCAGCUCGCAACUUUUCGGUCUCAGGAAUCAGUUCUGGAGGCUUCCAGGCUGUCCAAAUGCACAUUGCUCACUCAGCAGACUGUAUCGGAGCCGGAAUCAUCGCAGGUGGCCCAUAUUAUUGUUCGCAGGGUUCUGAAGUAUACGCAACAACUGCCUGUAUGACUUCUCCUUACUUAAUUAACCUAGAAGCUUGCCUUCAAUAUGCUCAAGAGCAAUCAAAUUCUGGGACUAUUGACAAUUUGAACAAUUUAAAAACAAACACCAAAGGAGUGUGGAUAUUUUCUGGUCUUUGGGAUACAGUCGUUAACCAAUACGUGGUCAGGUCAUUAUUGAGCUUCUACCAAAACUUCAUUAGUUCAUCUAUUAUCAGCACAAAUUUCGAUACUUACGCUGAGCAUUCAUGGGUUACAAAUAGUGCAGGAAACCCUUGCAAUUAUUUGGGAUCUCCAUUUAUUAAUUACUGCAAUGUAAACGCAGCAGGGCUAAUUCUGAACCAAAUUUAUGGAAAUAUAAAAGCUCCAGUAAAGGCAAUUUCGCAGAAUUUGAAGUCAUUUGACCAGACUCAGUAUAUGAACCCUACAAUUGCAAUUAUGGCUACGACUGGGUAUAUGUAUAUUCCUACAGGAUGUCAGGGUACUAAUAUAAACAAUUGUAAUGUCCAUAUGUCAAUACAUGGGUGUGGACAAAAUUAUGAGACCAUUGGGGAUUUAUUUAUAACGGAAAACGAGCUUAAUGGGUAUGCAGAGUCGAACAAUAUUAUUAUGAUUUACCCACAAGUCGCUGUAAAUCUUGAGUUAAAUCCAGAAGGAUGCUGGGAUUUCUGGGGAUAUACAGGGAGUGACUACGCUCUUAAGAAUGGGAUUCAGAUAGCUGCUUUAUAUAACAUGACUCAAAACAUUCCAACUCCGCUAAAUAGCGCUGAAGCUUUUUAA